AUGCAGGAUUUAAGUAACGAAUACAAGAAAUCNCAAUGGCCAGCGGGGAAAUAUUGUAUUUACAAAAAAGGAAAGUGUCCUUAUGGAUUUCGUGAAGGCUGGAUCAAGUGGGACGAUGAGGAUACGAAAAACGAUAACUUUGCCAGCGGUGUCCUACCAGACGGUACUUACAGCAAGGACACUGUUAUACAUUUCUGCUGUCGGUCAGAUGGAUCAGCGGAAACACCAAUCGAACUUCCCAUGCGCGAACCGUUCUUCCUUUUGAAACACUCAAGCAGUUGCCAGGCAGUACUGGGCAUGCGUGUUACGGAGGAGUGGAUAUUCUGGGACUGUGAAGACCGCGAAAACAAAAAUUCAUUCGAUGGAGAAAUUCCACAGUCUUUCAUAGCAAAGGACAUUAGGCUUUACUUUUGCUACUACAUCAAAAAGUAACCCUUCGAAAUACAUUUUGAUUACCCCUUUUUUCACUUUUAAGACUACCAAGACCAGUACCACAUUCUGAUGAAAUGCACCGGGUGUCGGUAGAGCAGGCCUAGAACAGCACUUGAGAUAACAAAACGUAAAGACAAACUCAUCCUUACAGGGAUGAAAGGGCGAAUACAACGUGAAGAAAAAAAAUAAUUAAAGCAGUCAAUAUUUGGGUUGUAAAGCUUAUGUUCUCAAACGUAAGGAAACAUUACGUUAAUGGGGUCCGAAUGAGAGUGCUGUCAGUCGUUAAUACCGGAAAAAGCCUCGGCAAUUUUGUCGGCUCACACGAUUUUAGAGUUAGAUUUGACUUUAAAGGUCUCGUUUCUCAGCUUUCUCCUAUAUUUCCUCUCUCUUUCGUGAAUUUUCGGUGAUGGUCAGCUUUCGUUUAAAAUUUCAGCCAAUUUUUCAGUUUACACAUUUUAGAUCUUAGCCAUCAGGAACAAAACGCAUCUUAUCCGUCUCAGCUGACAGCUAUAAAACGUUAGAAGGAGCUACCUUGAAGGGUUAGGAUGGGGCAGCAGUAGUUUACAUUAGUUUACAUUGAAAACAAUGGUUGCCAGUUGCCAGUUAAACUCAUCCAGAUCGUAGACCCUCACAGGUAAAGGUCUUUAUAUAUAGUAUAUGAGCUAAAUGUAUACAUUUAUCAGUAACGUAAGUGAUAGAUGACGGAACUUGUUAUCACCCCUGUAAUGUAAUAUUUCACUGCUAUUAACUAAGAAAGCUUUUUGUUACACAAAUAUCUUAAAGAUGUACUAUACUGAAAUUUAGGUAGAAGUAGAAGAACCUGGUCCUGUUUUGAAUUA